AUGUUUGGAAAUUCUGGUCUUUCUUCGAAGCCAUCGAGAAAAGCUCGUCCUCAGCCGCCUAGUGCGGCUUCGUCGUUGGCUGCCCAGGCAGCAGUUGCAACCUUCAAUAAGUCAAAUGGCAAAAAUGAAUCACUCAAAAAGAACCCGAAGCCACCAUCACAACCCUCAAUGCCUGUGGCUAUCCUGAACUCUCCCAAAAAGAAAAAGGGAUCAGACAUGAGUCCAUCAUCAACGGUUUCCAGUAGCCCAGUAGCUUAUCCAAUACCAAUCAAAUCAUAUUCUCGGCCGCGCAUUAUCCAUAAAGGCUCUAGUUACGAUAUGACAAAGCAUUCGCCCCCAAUACUAGAUAGCAAUGGCUUCAUUAAUGACGAAUAUGAAACUGAAAGCGAUUCAAAUAGAUUGAGUAUGGCUGCCAUUGCUGCUGCGGCCAUUGCUGCCAAGAAGAUCUCUGCAAUAACAGCUUCUGAUGAUUCUUCACGUCAAACAACACAAACCAAACACAAGCCAAACGUCUUGAAUACCCGUUUUUUACAGCCUCCAUCUAAUGAUUCCAGUAGAUCUUUGAAACCUCCUUUGAGCCCGGUGUCGUCAGUGUCCAAUAAUUCCAAUAUAAACUUUUCUCCAGGGGGCCUUACGAAGUCCAAAAGCAUUUCCCUAAACCACUAUCACUCUUCAGAAUCAUUAAAACACCAUCACAACACCCAAUUCGAUAACGAAUUAAGAAGCCUGUCUGCAGGCCCAACAUGCGAUAAAAGAAGUUUGAUGACAAAGGCUAGUAAUUCUAACAAGAAAUUACAAGAGGAUUUAAAAAACAACAAAAGUUUUAUCAGCUUAUCCGAUAAUUAUUCUUCUUCUGAUUUGGAUAAUCCAGAAGCCAAAAUAAUUAAGGUUAGAAGCAUGUCACCUCCUACAUUCUACGUUAGGAAAAAUGAUACCCAGGACUCAUUUCACGCAUCACCAUGUUAUAGUUCAACAAAUAACCACAGCCAACUAUCUCUAAGUCAGUUAUCUGUUCCAAAACUCAAACUUGAUACUCAAUUGAAACGAGCAAGUACAGAUGCUGUUACUUUUAGUGCUCACGAAUUUUUAACACCUCCAAAUAAAUUGCGCUCAAGUUUUCAACUUGACACUUCGUCACUGAGUAACAACAACAUGCUAAAUAUCCCACGGUCCAGCCACAGUGAAUUAUCAGAUGCAUCAUCUAUUGUGUCAAACGGAUAUCAACAGAAAACUACGCUGCAGAGGUCUCUUAACAAUACCGAUUCUGGGCAACCCAGUAUGAGGUCUUAUGAACCGGUUGAUAAUUAUGACGUUCAAUCGAAAAAUACCUAUAGGAAUAGUAAUCAUUAUCCAGAAAAAGAUGAAGAUGAAGAGGAAGCUUGUUUAUCAGACCUUGAAGGAGUAGAAUUAGACAACAGGGUGCUACCACAGUAUCCAUCCUCAGUGGGGUACCAUGAUUAUAGCGCUUCUCAGAAAAAAUCGAGGCUCACCAUUAGGAAAAAGGGGAAGAAGAUGUUACGUGAUUUGGGACUCAAAUCAGGAGGUGACCACAAAAGUCACAAGUCAGAGGUCAGUUACUAUAAUAUUAAUACAGAUAUGUCAAGACCACAAUAUUAUCAUAAUCAACAAGAUGAUGAGCAACAACUACUCGAAGAUGAUGAACAACAAAAACAAAAACAACACUCAAAAAUCAGGGGAGCCCAAAAACCCGUAGAAUUUAAGACUACUAUGAGAGAAAAGUCCCAUAAUCAGCAGAAGUUUAACGCUGACAAACCUUGGAAGCAUCAUAAUGAUUCCUUGGUUGUUACCGAGGCUGAAAAGAAAAGAUAUGAAGGUGUUUGGGUUGCUAAUAGAGGCCUUUACAUGAAUUUGAUGAGAAAGCCCAUUAAUGAUACAAGCACAAUAAAAGAUAUGAGUGUUCAAGAUCAGAAUGAAGCAGUGAUUUUAAACUCGAAUUUAAUCAAUGCCAUUCAAGCUCCUUCACAUACACAAGAACUCAACCAUCCCUCGCAGUUAGUGCAUGGCUACGUUGUUAGAAGUUUGUGGAGGAGAAGCAACCUAUCGUAUGACAUUCUUUCCCAGAUAUGGAGUUUGGUUGACCUUAGGAAAGAUGGAACAUUGAACAGAGAUGAAUUUUUAGUUGGAAUGUGGUUAGUUGACCAAUGUUUAUAUGGAAGAAAGUUGCCAAAAGCAUUAGAUGAUAGCGUUUGGUCAAGUGUUCAAAGAUUGGUGGUUCAAGUUGUUAUCAAACCAAGGAAAGGUAAAUUACUUAAGUGA